AAGAAGCAGUGAACCAUAGCAUGAAUGCAAAAUAGUCUUCGACGACAGCAACAAGAACAACAUGCCAUAAUAAAUUGUUUAAUUCGAAACUUUCUUUUUACUUUAUGGCUAAGAACGAGAAAAAUGGAUACCAAGAAAUCGAGGGAAGUUCAUCUUCAAUGAAUCAACUUUCUUUAGCGGAAUCUGCACAAGUAUUAGAGGAAAAUACAACAACACCGUCUCCAUGGUUUAGAAGAAUUUAUCAUGGAUUGUCUUCUAAUAGACAAAACUUUUGUCUUCUUUGUAUUUUUGAUUUUCUAUUUACGUUUUUCCUGUGGAUAAUUUAUGCUCAGGGAGUUGCUGUGAAAGGACUGAACGACUCAUUAUCCACAGAAAUUGGACAUUACGGCAUUUCUAGUUCGCUUUUCGAUAUUUUAAUGGUCUCGCUCGCUCGAAUUUUUGUACUGCUGCUGGUGUAUGGCUAUUGUGAUAGUAAAAGCGUUCUGACUGUUGCAUUCACUACUUUUGCAUCUACAGUCUAUUUAAUAGUCAAGGCAUGUUUGUUUGAGUUUGAUGCAAAAUCAGAUGACAACGAGAGUAGACCAGUUGAUUAUUUACUUCAUAUUGGAUCAUUUGUUUUAGUUUGGGUAGAAGCAUGGUAUAUGCGAGUAAAAGUUCUACCUCAAGAAAGAAGAUUAUUGCAACGAGUUUCCAAAGAAAAGCCUCCUGAAUACGGAUCAAUCACAAAACUACCUGCGAGUUCAAGAUAUUCUGUGUUAUCUUUCCAUACGCCACCAGAUCAAGAUUCUGGUGAAGAGGAGGUGGUUAUUAGAGCGAAUUUGGAAUACAUAAAAACAGCAAGAAAAACGACAAGCAAGACAUUAUCAUUAUUGUAUGCUGAAAAUUGCUGGAAUAUUGAAAAGCAAAAGGACGACCUUUUAAUCGAAAGUACUACGGUCGAAAACAUGGGAAAAGUACUGCGAGUGAGAGCAUUCAUCAAUGCUAGUCAAGAAAUCGUGCAUUCCCUUGUCUUUGGAGAUCCUGAAAAUAUUAAGAAGUGGAAUCCAACUAUCACUCAUAUCGAGGUUAUUGAAAAAAUUAAUUCGUCUACUGAGCUUGUUUAUUCGACCAUUGCUGAGGUUGCUGGAGGUCUGCUAUCAGCAAGAGAUUUUGUCAGUAUAAAUCAUUACCAAAGAAUUGGAGAAAUGUUUAUUUCUUCUUCAACUUCUGUUAUCUCACCCACUAAGCCUCCUGUUCAAGGAUUAGUGAGGGGUAAAACUAUCUUAAAUUCUUAUGCCCUUCUUCCUGCCGAAGAUACCAGGGAUAAAUCAGAAUUUGUUUGGAUCGUAACAACUACUUUGGAGCCUUCGUUAGUUCCUCAAGCGAUUGUUGAUCGCUCAAUACCAGGCUUCCUCAUUGAAUGCGUUGUUAAUCUUCAAAAAGAAUGUCAGCUGAUCAAAGAAAACGCCAACACUCCAUUAUAGUGGUAAAGUUGUUUUAUUGAAGUAGGCAUUUGAGGAGACAGAAUUAAGCGAAGCAUAUUACAACAGUUUAAUUUUGAGCUAAAGACUAUAAAAAAAUGAUAUUGUUUAUAAGUUUCUAAAAGAUAAAAACCUAACGCUACUUGCUUCGUUGCUUACCAUUAAGGUAUUUUGAAAAACAAAUUUGAUUUUGACGUUCUCUAGUCUGUCAUUAGUAUCUAACUUUAUUGCGGAAAGAAAACACAAUUACUGUUUUACAAAAUAAAUAACGAGCACGAACAUAGGAAAAAGAUGUAUCAGGUCCCACUUUAUAAUGUUACAAUGCAUUACUAAAUGAUAACUUCACAAACAUGUAGCAAAACUAGUUUCAUUUGCAUGCAGUAGCAGAUCCGGGGUAUGUCAGUAUACAAUAUAUCAGAAUACUUGUACUUUAGAAAUCUCCAACCAACCAAUGACGUUGUUGUUAAAGUGUGCAGAAUUUAUAAUUAGCUGUUAUAGUGUAUUUUGUCCUACCCUAAAUCACAAUUGCUUGCAUGAAACUGUUAAAUAAUCAAAUUUAAAUAAACUAUAUGUCAUUUGCAA